GACUUCACCAACCGUGACGGAAAUAGAGGUCGAGGUGACCAGGGCCCCCCACUUUGCUCCGCCCCCUCCUUUCCACACUGUGUCCACCUGAGAUAGGCAAAAGGGAUAUCGGAAGAGUUGGUUUCUUUCAUUUACCAAAAGUGCAAUUUAGAAGACGGCCAGGUGAGAUGCUGAUUGAGCUCCCUAAGUGAUGACGUCAUGAUGCAACUGGACAGUCUGAGUGGUCUCUCGUCAACUACUGCAGGAGAUGUCUCUAACAGCUCUGGCCCAACACAAUCACACAGCAACAGACUGUUGGAUCAGCCGAAUGCGGCCUCCUUAGAUUCACGCCACGCAAUCCCUGGAUUUACUUCUGUGAUUAACUGGAGAUCGGAUUAUCCUGUUCAUCAGGCAACAGGAGUAGAUGUAUGCACAACUUCCGGUGACAAACAAACAUCUGACGAUGAAGAUUACAGACCAUUUACACCUCCGCCACCAAGAGAGCGACUGAGCUACACACGCUACCAGUUGGCACUGCUUAAUGGAAUCUAUCAAGAAGUCCGAUAUCCCAAUGGAACACAGAAACAACUGAUAGCCAAGCGUGUGGGCAUCACAAGAGAACAAGUGAAAAUUUGGUUUCAAAAUAGAAGAAGAAAAGAUGUGGUUACAAAGAAGGUCCCCUCUAAAACUGCUAGUUCCAAGUCUGAGGUCAAGGACAAUGCCAAUGAUGUCAAGGACAACUCACCAACUGUGGGCCUUCAAUCUCCUGUUAGUGAUAACAGUUCUGAGAGUUUCAUUAGAACAGAUGAUGACCCACAGACUCUUGAACAUAUGGAUACACACCUAUGUGAUACACUCAAAUCACACAACACUAGUGAUAGCAGAACUGAACUAUCCCCUGGUAACAAGGACAACCACUCUCCGCCGAGUUCAACCUCAUCAACUUCUUUAAUAGUCUCCCCUGUUGUUCUUCGGAGCAUGAUAGUGGAGCUGAACAAGUUUAACAAUGAGUACCUAAAGCUGAAAAAAAGCAAGAAAAAAAGAAAAAAAUCCAAAGGGACUAAACCAGCUCUCACAACGUCUGCACCAGCUAAGUUGUCUUCCUUGCCCUCAUUUUCAUCUUUAUCUUCUUGUCAAGCUCCACGCCUCUUUCAGAACUACGACAUGCUGGCACCUCCUAAUAAACUGACACCAACAGCAAAUACAACAUUACAUGCCAGUGAAACGUCCGCUUUUCGCAAUCCACGAAGCCAGUUCAGUAGCAGUCGACCCUGGGAGAAUAUGUCCACAUCUAAUUCAUCUCACAGUUCUUUUCAUACAACAGAUUUCAUGCAAUCAUACGGUGGUUUAGAAAACCUUCAUUCUCCUUCAGAGAUGUCUUCAAGCAGUAUUGCUACAUCAUCAGUGGAGAAUACUUUGUCAAAGUCUCUAACCCAAACUCAUCAGCAGUUGUACAAUAAUGCUCAGACAUCGAGUGAUCUUGACCCCAACUUGAAAAUGCAGCCAUCUGCUAUGAUUCUUGAUGCAAGAAUGUCGUCUGCUGCCAGAAGCAUAGAUUAUCCAACGUCUUCCAGGAUGAGCCAACUCUCUACAGCGCAAAGCACUCACCCAAAUCCACAUUUCUCUCACUUGCUGCAGCGACAUGACAUUGGGUUUUCCAACAUGGAUAGUGAGAAAUGUUUUCAGCCAUCUAGCCCACACCAUACUCUUUCACUGCAUCCUCACCACAGCGCACACUUUGCAGCAAUCAAUCGUGUUUAUCCUUUCCCCCUUGUGGCUGAGCCUCCGGUCAUGCUAUCCAACAUUCGUCCCACAGAGUCUUACAUGCAGCACUCAUCCUGGCACCAGCUCUCAACCCCGCCACACCUGCCCUCCUCACAGCAAAGUACAGCUGGCUCACAUGAGACGUACAGACCUUUACUCAUCUCUUCCAUCAAUAACCCUUACUUCUCCUCCACUCCACUGACCUACAUCUCUUCUCAGUCCUCCACAUCGUCCACACCAAGAUGGACUUCUCAAACUUCAGACCUGAACAACAAUCACUUCACACAGCUGUGAAAUAUCUUCACUCAAACUGACAAUGUAAAUAAUUGAUAAAGGAAAUUAUAUUGUGAAUAGAAUUUGAGUCUUUUCACACAAAACCUGUUUUAAAGAUUAAUACAAAUUUAUUUAAAUGAAAAGAUUUAAAGUGACUUGUUGUAUGAAAUAGAGCAUCCAAAUCUAUUACAUAAUUUAUAAGAUCUUAAAUUAACACUGAAAAGAAAUGCAUUGAAGAUAUGAUGUCUUGAGUGCUAGACAUUAAGUCCCAACUAGAUCUAGUUUUUCUAGCAGCACAAGGUCUUUAAGACUUUUUUGUGAUUGUACAGAUAAAUACUGAAUGGGAGACAGGCUUUGAGUAUUCUCAACACUGGUAGAUAAGGGGAUA